CCUACUCUCGAGUGGUGGUAAGUUUAUGGAUGCGACAUGGCUUGAUGCAAAACAGGGAAAUAGAAGAAUUUAGUGUCAAACUUGUUCCGGUUUCAGUGACCAUGUUUAAAUCUCAGACGUGUCGAGUUAAAUAAUUCAGUCGAAGAGACGCGUUUCAGCUGAAAACCUGCAGCUCUGGAAGCAUCAGCAUGACCGAGCAGAGGCUGCUGUUUCUAGAUAUAGAUACUGAAGCAAUCAGCUCGACCCCUCCUGAAGGCCGAACUGAAAAGCCCCUCUGGACUCGCAGUGACAACACCUUCAGAUUUAACUUCCUCGCCGACAACGUUCAGGAGAAAACAUCUCCGUCAGACAGCGCUGAGCCAGCGGCAAGCCAGAUAUCCUUCACAGGACAGGGCUCUGAUUUUACCUUCAACUUUCAAAUCCCUGUUGCAGCGCCAGUGGAAGACAUGGACACGACAGAGACGGCCGCUGACGCCUCUUCUUCAGGCAGCCAACGGGGUGUCCAAGAGGAAAAGCCUUCCCCUUUGCAGGAAAGUAACGCUGCAUCUGUGCAAUCAAAGUCAAAGAAGAAGAAGAAGAAAUCUGGAAAGAAAAAUCCAUCUGGCACGGAGUCAACGCAGAAGCCAGACGAGGGGAGUCAAGGAGGUGGAGACGAUGUAGAGCUGAGUGCAGAGGAGCAGCUGAACAGGCAGCUGGACUGGUGCAUCGAGCAGCUGGAACUGGGAUUGAAGUGCCAGAAGGGGACACCAAAACAGAAAGAAGAGGCUUCUCGUGCCCUGAAAACUCUGCGUAGCUCCAAAGCUCCUCUGGCCAAGAAGAGGCAGCUGAUGAGAGCCAUGACUGGAGACUACAGGAAGAAAAUGGAAGAGGAGAAGAGCAAGCAGUUCAAACUCAUUCAGAGCGAAAUUGCAUCAGCUCAGGUCAAAGUUGUGUCAGAUUCCCCAAAGAAGUCUGUCUUCCACCGGAGAGCUGAAGUGAAAAGCCAGACAGCAGCCGCAGAAGAGAACCUGCAGCAAACUUCGGUCCAGACUCAGGAGGAGACGACCGCUUUUGUCUUUACUCCAUCAAAGGAGGAAUUUUGCUUCAAUUUUCUUUGAUUUUUUUUUUCCAAUUCUGAAGACAAAUCUUUUACCAUCAGCAGUAUAUUGGAAAUAAGUGACACUUACCUGAACAGUGUGAACUGUGUGAGGGACGCUCUGGUGAUGGAAAUAAUAAAUUGCGUUUGAAGACAUGGAGAAAAUAUAUUGAAUUCACAAGAUUAAUAUUCAAAACCUUCCAUUCUGUCUGUUCAUAAAACAUUUCUGAAUAAAAAUAUGUAUUUUAGUU